AUGCCUCAGCGAGAAAGGAGAGGACAAAGAGCCAAACUUGGGGGGAAAGGCCCAGUAGAGGAAGAAGAAUCAGCAAAGGAAACUCAGAAGGAGGUGAGGACUCUCUUCUUCACCAUAUCUUCUCACAAGACUUUCAGGAUCAAGCAAUUCCUGGCUAAGAAACAGAAGCACAAUCGUCCCAUUCCCCAGUGGAUUCGGAUGAAAACUGGUAAUAAAAUCAGAUAUAACUCCAAGAGGAGACGUUGGAGAAGAAUCAAGCUGGCUCUAUAA